AUCUCCCUAGUUGGGUUUCAAAUUGAUACAUAAGUGAUCCAUCCCGCAAGUUUUUGUCGGAAAACACCAAAAGAAAAAAAUGCAUUGCUAUCCUUGGAAGAGUGUAAUAAGGAGACCAUGCGUCUCACGUGUUCUUUCUCUGAGACAUUUUACCAAACACUUUCCAGGCGCAAAAUCGAACACCUUUUUCCGCACUAGAUUUCACUCCAACACCCACGCCGAUGUCUCCGUAAGCACGACAACGUCAUGUUUCAAAAGCCUCGGUUCCACCCAGCAAAACCAAAUCCAACUCUACGUCGAUACCCUUCUUCGAUGGAACCAGAAAAUGAAUCUUACGGCAACUAAAGAAGCUGAUGAAGUCAUGGAGAGGCAUAUUGAAGAUUCUCUUGCGAUAUUGCCUCCUAUAAAGACUUGUUACAACUUGCAGUCCAAUGAACAAAUCAGUUUAAUUGAUGUUGGAAGUGGUGCAGGCCUUCCUGGGUUGGUUCUAGCAAUUGCUUGUCCAGAUUGGAGAGUUACUCUACUGGAGUCUAUAAAUAAGCGUUGCGUUUUCUUGGAGCACGUCGUUGCUGUCACCGGGCUUACAAAUGUUAAAAUCGUAAGGGGCAGAGCAGAGAGUUGUGGGCACGAUGUUAUGUACAGAGAGAAGUUUGAUGUGGCUAUUGCAAGAGCUGUCGCGGAGAUGAGAGUCUUAGCUGAAUAUUGUCUUCCUCUGGUUCGGAUUGGUGGAUUGUUUGUGGCUGCUAAGGGUCAUGACCCUAAGGAGGAAGUUGAAAAUGCAGAAAAUGCGGUUCGCAUGUUGGGUGGUUCCAUAUUACAAAUUAGUCCAGUGGAUUCACAUAGCCCAUAUGGACAACGAACAACUGUUAUCUGUCGUAAAGAUCAUUCCACCCCACAAAAGUAUCCACGUGAAGCAGGUACUCCUUCUAAAUUACCUUUGUAAAGAUGUCUCAUCACUUUCUUUUUAACCUUGAUUUGUAAAACAAUCUGAAAAGCAAUAUUUAUAAAACUUCCUUUGGAGUUUCAGUUAUGUAGACAUGGCCUCUGACUGAAAAAAACAUACUCUUUUCUUAAAAU